AUGGAAUAGGAUUUUAUUAAAUAGAUACAAAAUUUAAAAUAGAAUAUCAAUCUUUAGGAGGCAAUAUAAAUGAUUACAGAAUUAACCAUAUAUGGAGAUUAAUAGAAUUAGGAUAUUUUUGAGUAUAUAUUUCGUUGUUCCUAGUUUAUUUAUAGAGGAAAAAAUAUUUGAUGAAUUUCUUUAUAUUAUAAGUAAAACUAAAGAUUAAGAAAUAGUAGUUACUGUAUUAUAAUCUGUUUCCAUGUUAUUGUAAUAUUAAUAAUAUGGAAUAAUUUAGUACUAAUAUUACAAAGAACUUAAUUGUUUUGCUAUCUUAACCCUAGUUGAAUGAAUUCAUAAUAUUCGAUUAUAAUUUGAAAAAAGAAGAAAUCUCUGACUACUACAUCAAUUUUAUUAAAAUUUUAUCGAAUAAACUAAAUCCUAAGAAUAUAAAUUUAUUUUUCAAUUCUGUAAGUAUUUGAUUUAAAACUUACUAGAAGUAUUGUUGCUUCCCAUUAUUACUUUACUCUUAAAACUUUUAUAAUUCAGCAGAUAAUUUAACAAGAAUAUAUACUAGGCAUUUAUUAUUAUAAAUUUUAAAAAUUACUCUAGAAUCAAAAUAAAGAUAAAUCCUAAUUUUGUAUUUAUAAUCUUAUCCUUUUUUACAAGUUUUAACAAAUCAUGUGUAAUUUAAGAAGGAUUUGCUUUUAAAAUCUUUUGAAAAAGAUGAUAAAGAUAAUGAAGAGCUAAAAAUCAUGGAUUAUUUCUUUAAAGAUCUUUCAUUAAUAGCUCCUGAGUUGAAAUAAGUAAAAGUAUUCUUAUUUUUAAGAUUUUAGAUAAUAUGAUAUUGUAAAUUAUAAUUCUCCCAUACUAUAAAGUUUUUUCAAAUUUUGAUGAUGAUUAGAAAACUUUUUGCUUUUAAAUUAUUUUACAUUUCUUAUAUAAUAAAAUUUAUCUAAGUGAAAAAUUGACUGUUGGAAUUUUAGCACUUAUUUUUUCUCAUUAGAUACCAUAAAUUCAAAUAUUUCAAUUUGAACCAAAUUACCUUCCUGUUUAGGAUGCAGAUUUAAAAAAUAUAUGCUCUCAAUUUUUUUUACUUUCAUAAGAAAAAUUUCUUUAAUAGUCAAAAUCUGUAUUUUUGGAUAAAUUACAUUACUCUUUUAUGAUAAUUAACAAUUUAAUAAAUUUUUAUUCUAUUAAAACUAGUUCAAAAUAAUAAUAAUUUAAAGAUUUAUUACAAAAUGAUUUAAUUGCGAAUUUAUAGAUGACUAACAAAAUGAGUUUAAACCAUAGUAAUUAGUAUAACAUAUACAACAUUUAUGCUUAAUUUGACUCUUUAAAUUUUAAGCAUUAUUAAUAUGUGUUGAUUAUCUCGGAUGUUUUAAUAAUGAAUAGGCACAUUUAUGAAAUGACUUUUGAAUAAAAAAUAGCAUUUCUGAUAAAUUUGAUAAAAAUUAUGAUUGAUGAAUCAGAGAAAGAAAUAAAUACAAUUGAAAAUUGUAAGAAAACUAUUUAGAUAAUAAAGGAAUUACUUUCGAUUCAUGAGAAAACAUUUACAAUAGCUUUCAUAAGAUCAAAAAUUUUAAAGAAAAUGGAAAUUCAUUUUUUAACAUCAGACUCUAUUUAUUAUAAAUACUUUUUUAUUAUUCAAUAAUGUAUUGAAAAUGAUAACAUUGAAAAUUUAAAAAAAAAACCAGAAACAUUUUAAGUUAUUAGAUUUUUAAUGUUCUUAAAUGUGAUUUUCGAAAAGGGAUGGCUAAUAAAUCCAUUUAAAAAGCUUAAAUAUAAUUUAUUUUUUAAUAGAAAGAAUAUAAUAAUGGAUAGAUAAAGUUGGUUAAUUGCCAAGCACUUAUAGAUGUAUAAAUUUAUGAUUUAGAAGAAUUAGAAAUAGAGUAUGAUGAAAAAGAAAAUUAAAUGUUUUUAAUGA